AUGCUGCCGUCCGCCGAAGCCCGCGCCGUGCAGGAAGCGCUCCUGUCCAGCAAGUAUGGCGAUUUCCUCUGCAGCGUGUGCAGCAAGUUCGCGACGCUCAAGUGCUUGGCCUGCGGCGACUACUACUGCGCCAAGUGCGAGCGCAAAGUGCACAGCAAGAAGCACCGCAACGGCGAACCACUGGCCGUCGUUCACAGCAGAGCCUGCGACGUCUGCCACGCGCUCAAGCUCGAGCUCUACUGCGAGGUGUGUAUGAAGCACGUGUGCAUGAACUGCAUUGCGAGCGAAUGCAGCUCGAGCUUGCCGCACGCGCUGGUGCACGCGGCUUGUGCCUCGCGGUCAUCGACUGGCCGCGCGACUUUGUCGUCGCCAUUCAACGCGACACUGAGAAGUACCUACCCGUCAAGGUCGAGAAGAAAGAGCCGAUCGCAACGCCUGCAGCACCCGUCGUCCCUCCGCCAGCACGCAUGGUCCAGCCGCCACCAGCACCGGUGACCCAACAUGCACCGGUGACCCAACAUGCACCG